AUGUCUGGCCGCGGCAAAGGAGGCAAAGUUAAGGGAAAGGCAAAGUCCCGUUCCAACCGCGCUGGAUUGCAGUUCCCAGUCGGUCGUAUUCACCGUCUGCUCCGGAAGGGCAACUAUGCCGAGCGUGUCGGUGCCGGCGCUCCAGUCUACUUGGCUGCCGUUAUGGAAUAUCUGGCCGCUGAAGUGCUCGAAUUGGCAGGAAACGCUGCCCGUGACAACAAGAAGACCAGAAUCAUUCCCCGUCAUCUGCAGUUGGCCAUCCGCAACGACGAAGAAUUGAACAAGCUGCUGUCCGGUGUUACCAUCGCCCAAGGUGGUGUUCUGCCCAACAUUCAGGCUGUCUUGCUGCCGAAGAAAACCGAGAAGAAGGCAUAA